GUUGUGACUUGUGACUUGUGUUUUGCGGAAAUGAGAUGGCAAGCUCAACAUUAGUCAUAAAUUUCACAAGGAACAGGUGAGAAGAACGAAUUCAGAUGAAAGGUUGGUGUUCAGAUGAGGAGGACUUGCCUGGUUGACCCUGUGUGUCACCCCCUGUUGCUAUGGCAACAUCCUACUUUCCCACAUUCCUCCUCCUCCUCUUUCUGUCCUCCUUGACCCUCUUCCUGCUGGCCCUCCUGCCCUCUGUUGUCCCAUCGGUUCCCUUUCAUUCCUCCUCUCCUCCCUCACCUUGGCCCUCACAUUCAUGUGGUCCAGGUCAGUCCUGGGCCGUCCGGGUCCAUACUGGCCCACAUCAUGAGGAAGAAGACAGUGAACAGAGCUCUGUGCUGUUGGACGCAAUAGCUGACAGGGUAGCACAGCAGGCUGGGCUGCAAAAUCAGGGCCAGAUUGGACAGCUGGAAGGCCACUACUUACUGUGUUCUAUACAGCCCAAUUCUGGGUCUGUGGGGGAUAUAUGGACAAAAAGUGUCCAGCCUGGGGACAUCCUGGCAGCCCACCCUCAUGUCCUGUGGUAUUCCCAGGAGAGGGUACUCAGCCGCUCGAAGAGAUCGAUGGCCUUCAACGAUCCCCAGUACCCCAAACAGUGGCACCUGCACAAUGACAUCAACAAGGGUAUGGAUAUAAACUUGACAGGGGUAUGGGAGCGCAACAUAACUGGCCGGGGAGUCACAGUAGUCGUGGUAGAUGACGGCCUGGAACAUACACACCAGGACAUUCAGCCCAAUUAUAGUCCAGAGGGUAGUUAUGACCUGAAUUCCAACGACCCAGACCCCAUGCCUCACCCUGACGUCCACAGCGACAAUCACCACGGGACUCGAUGCGCUGGGGAGAUCGCGGCUGUUCCCAACAACAGUUUCUGUGCCGUGGGGGUGGCCUACGGCAGCAAGGUGGCAGGUAUCAGAGUCCUGGACGGCCCUCUGACAGAUAGCCUGGAAGCCAUAGCCUUCAAUAAGCAUUACCAGGUCAAUGACAUCUACAGCUGCAGCUGGGGUCCAGAUGAUGAUGGACACACUGUGGAUGGACCUCAUCCCCUGGGCAAGGCGGCGCUGCAACACGGGGUGAUUGCAGGCAGACGAGGCUUCGGCAGCAUCUUCGUGGUUGCCAGUGGCAAUGGAGGUCAAUACAACGACAACUGCAAUUACGACGGCUACGCCAACUCCAUAUACACCAUCACAGUCGGAGCAGUCGAUGAGAAAGGGAACAUGCCCUUCUAUGCUGAGGAGUGUGCGGCCAUGCUGGCUGUUACUUUCAGUAGCGGGGGGAACAUGCUGAGGAGCAUUGUGACGUCAGACUGGUCCAUGCAACAGGGGACGGGCUGUACCGAGGGCCACACCGGCACGUCUGCUGCAGCGCCCCUUGCGGCGGGAAUGGUGGCCCUCAUGCUGCAGGUCCGUCCCUGCCUCAGCUGGAGGGACGUGCAGCACAUCAUCGCCUUCACCGCCACCAGGUGUGACAGCAGUGCAGACUGGAAGGUGAAUGGAGCUGGUUUCCAUCACAGCCACAAGCACGGCUUCGGUCUGCUCAACGCAUGGAGACUUGUCAACGCUGCCAACGUGUGGGAGCCAGUGCCGUUCCUCGUGUCCUAUCAGAGCUCAGUAAUAAAAGAGGAAGCGUCCAUCCCGAUGAGUCCACAUGAGCUGGUUCGUACCUGGAAUGUCUCUGCUGCUGACCUGAGUCAGUCUGGAAUGGAGACGCUGGAGCAUGUGGCUGUUACCAUGACAAUAACCCACCCUUCCCGUGGCAACUUGGAGAUUCUGUUGAUCUGCCCCAGCGGUAUGAUCUCAGUCGUUGGGGCACGCCGUACCAUUGACAGAGACCCUACUGGCUACCAAGACUGGACUUUCUCCACUGUGCGCUGUUGGGGAGAGAGAGCUGAAGGCCAGUACACCCUCAAGAUAUCUGACCACAGAGAGCCGUCAUCUAAUCCGGAUGCCACUGUGGGAGUGUUGAAGCAGUGGAAGCUGACCCUGUAUGGCUCAUCUAUGACCUUCAGUGAGGUCAAGGACAGACAGAGGUUGGUGGAGGAGGCUAUGAGUGGCAAAUAUCUGGACAGCAACUUCUCUCUGCCCUGCCCCCCAGGCCUGGACAUCCCUCCAGAGAUCAUCAACCCCUUCACCUCUAACAACCUCAAGUUCCUUCUUUUGCUGGGCUGCUUUGCUCUCUUUUGGUCUCUUUAUUACAUGCUGGAGGUCACGCUGGCCCACCUGGACCUCAGGGGCCUUCUCUGCCUGCGUAGAAGACGGGGUCACCGGGCCAGGAGGGGCCACAGAGGGAGGGGAGUGGAGGAUGCAGUGGUAGAGGAAGAUGAGGAGGAUGAGGAGGAAGAGGAAGUGGACUCAGGGGUUGAGUUGCACGCAGUGCUGGACUAUGAGAACAAACCACUGUUUUUGAAUGGAGAGCGGCUGUUAACAUAGCACUGAACCAGACGAUGGACCUAAAAUCUCUUGCUGUCUGUGCUCAUUGGACAUCUCAGGCUUUAACCCUUUCCUCCCACCCUGCCCUGCCUCCUAUACUGCUUCUGACACCUGUCAGCAUUAACUGUGGUGAUGGGGCGUCACAGAAUGGACUGCAGAUUAACUUGACUGAGGAGUGGACUCUUUGUCCUUCUCUGCAUUCCUCAAACAUAUGGCCUUGUCUGAAAACAUAUGUUUUCUUUGAUUUUUUUAUUUUUUUAUUUUUUGCUGUGACAGGGUGUGGGUGUGGGUGUGGGCGUUGUACACCUGUCCCUCUGACAAAUGUCCUCAAAGGAAAGAAAAAUUAUGACAUUCCUCCAAAGUGAGGAUAUUUUGCCAGUCCUGGGGUCAAAAUUCCCAUUAAAACUAGGUUUAAGUGAGAGUAAUUGUCAGACAUGAACUGGAGAGGGACCUAAUCGAGUCGCAGUAUAACCGCAUGUUUGCGUGUGUGAAAGUGUUUGGACAGGCUUGUGUGUAUGUGAAAUGAGCUUACAGGUUGAUGGGAUACCCCUGAGGGGUCUUUAAACCAACAUGACGAUAUCAGAAAGGUACAAAUCUUCUGUCUAUUUGAGUGUGUGUCUGUAUGUGUGUUGUGAUGUUAGUGGGUGUGCUUGUAAUAUGCAAGAUCUUCCAUGAAAAAGUCCUCAAAUGAGAGGUUUUAGUGAGAGGGCACUGUAUUUUAAGAAUAAGAUUUAUUUUCUAAGGUGGUUUUUUGUUUUUACUUUUAAGCCUGGGACUAUUAUCUGAGGGUUAUGAUCCAACUACUGAAAAAACUUGAAGUGGAAUUUUCAAGUGUGGGAUUUGCAUAUGUAUUGUUUUUACACAAUCUGUGCCUGCUGUACAGAUAUAUACCAACUAUGUUUAAUGAUUUGUACAAAGUGUUUUUUAAGAAUGAAUUAAAGAGUUUAAUUUUUUAAUGCAAAGGAGUGGUUACACUGGAAACUGUGUUUUGCUGUGCAAGUCACAGGUGAUGUGAAUGAUAAUAAAUGACUGUUGACG